AUGACUGGUAACUGGUGCUGCCGGAGCUGGUCCCACUACCGUACCGCUGGAGAUUGGAGCCACUUAGAGAAAACGAUUGUGGUUCCUCCGUUACGUAUCACCAUCCCGCUACCGGAACUGCCGGAACCGGAGAGUGAGAACGGGGAAGUGUACGAACCGAGUGGCGAUGGUGACGACGAGAAGUCCGUACAAGACGUAAAGCUUGGUUUUGAAAAGUUCGCAAACAAUCGGAACGUUAUCAACAACGAAACGUCCGUCCACACGGUGAACGAGAACAACGUCGUGGUUCACUUGGUCCGGAAACUGCCGAGCGGGGCCAUUCGAACGGAGAUUGUGAGAAACAACGUAACGACAGUGUACGAUGAAGAAGUAGCCCAAGAUGGCGAGGAUACUACUUCGCCGGAUGAGCUCCCGACUACCGAAAUGGUGCCGGAGAAACCCCGUUGCUGCAAGAUAGUGUCGCCGAGGGUGUGUCAAAAGCAAGCCGAUGAGUGGGUCUGCUUCCACCGGAAGCAGUACGUUUGCAGUAAGGUGUGUACGGCAGACGAAAUGUACCUACGACCCCGGAGGAUCACGUACCGGAACCCUUGGUUGAUAAUGCCACCAGGAACGAACCGCACCACGGAGCCGUGCUUUCUGGGCCGAUGUCGUAAGCCAGAUUGCUCCGGUUGUCUACGAGGCAAAAGGGGCUGCCACUCGAUGUGCUACACCUACGACUGCGCGGUAGACAACACUUGCCACUUUCUCGACUGGGAUAUGAUCUGCCCGAACGAUCUGACCAAGGUGUGCACCCUGCUUGAAGAGAAGAUCGUACGCAACCCGAAAUCGUCGUAG